CCACCACGCGCAAGACUCUCGAGCAUCAUCUUGUGCCAACACAGCCAGCAGCCCGCGCAGACGCUCGGCAAGCAUGGACGAGGCGGCACGGCGAGCGCUGCUCGACGCCGGCGAGGCAGAGGCGGUGACCGUCAAUCAGCGUGCCCUGAUCGACAAGAUCCUGGCCCGCUACUCGGCCGAGUUCACCUGCUGGCGCGAGCUGAUCCAGAACGCCGACGAUGCCGGCGCCACGACGUGCGAGCUGCGCUUCGAGAGCGAGGCCCACGUUGCACGACGCAAUGCAGCAGGUGCCUCUCAGGCGGGCCCGUCCGCUGAGCCAGCACAGCCGCAAGCGCCGGCGUUCGGCGCCGUGCUGAAGAACUGGGUGUUCCGCAAUGACGGCGCACCCUUCAGCGGCGACGACUGGAGCCGCCUGCGGCGCAUCGCCGAGGGCAACCCUGACGAGUCGAAGAUUGGCGCAUUCGGCGUCGGCUUCUACUCGCUCUUCUCAGUGGCUGAGGAGCCGCUUGUCGCCUCGGGCCCUGAGCUCAUGGGCUUCUUCUGGCGAGGCGACUCGCUCUUCACGAAGCGCGCCAAGAGCCCCUCGGUCGAGCUUGCGCCCUCGGGAGUGCCGUACACGACCUUCUACCUGCCGCUGCGCGAGCCGGCGCCCUUCUCCGAUUCGCCACUGGAUCUCUGCCGCUUCCUCGCCACCUCACUGACCUUCACCACGCGCGUCAAGAGUCUCUCGCUGUACUGGGACGACCAGCAGCUGUGUCGUCUGGACAAGCGCCUCGGCACGCCGCUCACGAUGACGAUGCCGUCACACCUCAACGCCACCAGUCCGCAGAAGCUCAUGAAGGCACGCGCCCUGGAGAGCCAGGGCAUUCAGAUUGACGUCGAAGUGUCGCGCGCCAUCCUCGAUCUCGCAAAGCCAUCCACGAGUGUCGCAGAUGUCAAAGCGAGCCUUGCCUCGGCGUUCAACAAGACGACGGGCAGCUCUGGCCUUGCUGGCAUGCUUAGCCUGUUCGGUCGGAACAAGGCUGCGAAGGAGAAGCCGCAAGCGCCCCCGCAGCCUAGCCCAGAAGAGCUCCGCGCCGAGGCAGAGCGCAAGAAGGCGCUGGAGGCAGACCGCUCGAAGCCCGUGCGAGCCAGCGUCUCAGUCAGCGUGGCGACGGCCAACAUCGCCGUCAGCGUGGACAAGGCGUUCAGCCGCGAGAUCGAGCGCAGCACGAAGAAGCCGCCGCCGAAAGAGACGAAAGUCCAGAUCAUCACGCAGUCCAAGGACGAGUACGAUGCCAGCUUUGCGGGCAGCCGCACGGCCAGCGGCGAGUCGAAGGACGCCGCGGGCGAUGCAUCGCGAGCGCAGAUUGCCGCCAUCUUCCAGGGCGUCAGCCCCUCGCUUGACACACAAGGUCAUGUCUUCAUCGGCUUCAAGACCUCGCAGUCGUCGAGCUUCGCUGGCCAUCUGGCAGCACGCUUCAUUCCUACUGUUGAGCGAGAAGCAGUAGACUUUGUGGACCGCUACUGUGCGAUCUGGAACAACGAGCUGCUGGCGAUGGCGGGCUACCUCAUGCGCGCCGCGUACGAGGCCGAGCUGGCAGCCAUCGGCAAGCAGUGGGAAGAGCAGAUCGGCAAAGGCACACCCAAGCCUGGCGACGAGACCGCACAGCGCCUCCUCGACCGCGCCUUGCACACCAUGCGCUACCUCACCUGCCACGCCUCUACUCCUUCUCCGCGCAUCGGCACAGCGCUCGAGGCUGCCUUCUUCAACGCGGCGCGGCAGAACACACUGACGCUCGCCUCGACGCGCGGCGUGCGGCACUCGGCCGCCGUUCGCUUUCCGAACGCCUCGUUGGCCGACUUCGUGCGCGACCUGGCGGUGCUGCCGCCACAGCACGUCGAGCAGGCGUCGCACUUCAUCGCGAAUGUCCGCAGUCGAAAUCUCGUGAAGGACGUCACGCUCGACGACGUCUUUGAUGAGCUGGCCGGGCGCGCGCUGAGCGUGAUCGAGAUGGUUGCUGCGCUCAAGUGGUGGAUCAGCGUGGCGGCCCAUCCGUCCUUCGAGCCAUCCCUACAGCCGCGUUUCCUCGGCACCGCGGUCGUCAACCUGCCCGCGACAGACGAAGCAGAGGAGCGGAACCAGGCGCUGAGCAACGUCAAUUCACUGCUCAAUCCGCAGCGGGUGCCGCCGGAGCUGCCCUUGCCGGCGUCUACGCUUUUCUACGAGGUGUCCAAGAGCCUCUUUGCAUCCGACCUCUCCCGUACAUUCGGAUGGGGCGAGCUGUCGAUCGCCGCCUGGGUCAGCGAGCUUGCGAGGUCGAGUGCUCAGGGCGCCGACGCCACGGUCAACAUCCAGCUCUCGCCCGCCUUCAGUGAGAAGGUGCUGGGCGUCGUUGCCCGCGGCUGGGGCUCGAUGCCUGCACAAGGCCACGCGCAGGUGGCUGAGGCGCUGAAGAACAUGGCGUGCAUUCCGACGGCGCGCGGCAUGUCCAAGCCUGCGGAAUCGUACAUGCCGCAAGUGGCACUGUUUCCCGACUUGGCCACGGUGGCCAUGCCCACGCUGCCGGUCAAGGGCAACUUGGAGAAGGUGCUGCUCGCCCUCGGGGUGCGGCGGCAUGUCGAGCUGCAGCUCGUCUUCGACCGGCUGGUCGCGCCUGCCGGAGGCUGGGACGUCACGCAGCUCCUGUCCUACCUCGCGACGAACAAGGACUCGCUUUCGAAGCUCGAGAUCGACCGUCUGGCAAAGACACCGAUCUUCCGCCCUCGCACAAAAGAAGGCGCGCCAGUGGCGCCCCGCAAGCCCGCAUCGCAGCUGUAUGAGCCGCGAGACGAUGUGGUGGCACUGGGCCUGCCGGUGCUGGACUGGGCCGGCAAGCCCUGGAGGGCCACAUCCGACGAGGCGCGCUUCGCUUUCGACGUGCUCGGCCUCAAGCGCCACCCGCCGCUGCCCGAGCUGCUCUCCCUUGCCUCGACGGACAAUGCAGACGCCGAGAUCCGGGAGAAGGCGCUCGAGUACUUCUUCGAGAAGCACGCUCUGUUCUACCGCGGCGACUACUCGCUGCGGGUGGGCGCUCCCUUCGCCUUUGUGCCGUGCCAGGUCGGCGAGGCAAAGACACCAGCACUCCUCAAACCGGACGAGGUGUACACCAACGCGGCAGCGAGCGUGAUGGGCUUUGCCAUCGUGGAUCAGAACAUCGUCUCUGCCGUCGACGUGCACAAGCUUGAGCUGCGCGAGAACCCGACAGGACCGCGCCUCGUAACGGCUCUCGUCAGCAAGGGCAUGACGUCCGAGAUUGAUCGCGCACGACGCAUCUUCGAGUACCUUGCGAGCACGCGCGAGCUCACUUCCGCGCACUUCACCUCGCUCAAGUCGACGGCGUUCAUUCCCGUCAUCAGUGCCGGCAGCACGCACGAGGGCAAGGAGACGGGCCCAUCGAUCACGCUACACGCUCCGCGCGACUGCUACUUCAAGGGCGGUGCCGACAGCGAGCCCGCGCUGCGCGAGAUCUUCAACUUCAUCGAUUUUGGUUCAGAGGCAGCAGCGUUCCUGCGGUCGGCGGGCGUGGCGAAGGAACCCACGACGCAGGAGCUCACCGGGCAGCUCGUGCGAUCGCCGAGCCGCUUCUUGGAGCUGCUUGGCGACGAGGGCUACAGCAAGGUGCUGCGGAGGAUUGCCGCCGCCAACUGGCAGUCCAGCUUUCCCUCGGCCCUGCGGCGCGAGAUGCAGCGCGCUCCGUUCCUGCUCGGCAGCAAGCGCGUGGCAAGCUCAAGCACGAAGGCUGCGCCAGAGAAAGGGGCAGCCGAGGACCAGGAGGACAUCGACGACGGCGCCACUGUCACCUCCUUGAAGGCAGCGCCCGACCUUGUCCUCGUCGACGAUCCCACGGCGUACCUCCUGUUCUCUUCUCACAUCUACUGCGCGCCCAUGGACGACGGACUGUCACAGUUCUACGCGCAGCUCGGCUCACCAUGUCUCUCGACCCUCGUGACCGAACAGUCACGCACCGAUGGACAAGUGCGCUCGGGCACGAGCGUGUGCGUGGAGACGCGCCGCCUCAUCGUGGAGCGCACGCCCCUGUUCUUCUUUGAGCAGCAGCUGCCGCGCAGCGACAUCCGGCGCGAUGCCGAGUGGCUCAAGAAGGAGGCAAACUUUGUCGUGCUCGAGGUCGACGGACGAGGCCUGAGCAUCACGCGCACGCUCCGCUUCGGCGCGACGGUCGCCUCGAACGUGCAGCGGUGCAGCGCCAUUGCGCACUCCGACCGCAAGCUGACGCUGUACGUCACGGCGGAUCCGGACCUCUAUGAGGUCUCGGAUGCGAUCACGCGAGCGAUCUUGAGCACGCGGCGAGCGCAUCUCGUGCCGCUAUACCACAUUCUGCUUUCUACCUCUUUGCGGACGCUGAAGAAGCGCGGCUUCCACGUCGACAAGAUCAUUGCGCAGCGCAAGGCCGCCGAGACGGAGGCAGCCGAGCAGCUCGCGCGCGAGGAACGUCGGCGCGCCGAGCUCGAGGCUCUCCAGCCGCGCGUGACGGAGAGUGACUUCAAGGAGAUGGAGCGGCAGCUCGGCGCCGUCUUCCCGGACGCAGACCCGGCGUACAUCGCGCAGCUGCUGCGCAACCAGAAGCCGAACCAUCUCGAGCACGCCACCACGGCGAUGGUGCAGCAGCCGUACCCGAGGCGUCCUAGCGGAGCCAAGCCGACUGCGCCCACCUCGGAGAAGAGCCUCGUGCCGACCGACCAUGGCAACCCCAACCCUGCGACCGGCAGCGGCAUGUUCUCGAACUGGCGCGACCGCCUGCUCCAAGGCCGCCGCAACGAAGGGCCGUCCUCCCUGGCAGCUGGCUUGUCCUCGAUCGACCGCACACCCAAGGUGCCAGGCGGCUUUGAGACGCCAACACCAGUGGCUGCGGCUGCUCGUGCAGGCCCUCAGUCGUCUUCCGAGGCAGGUCCAGGCCCGGGCGCCAUGCAGUCGACGCGCCGCAAGGCGCAGGCCGGCAGCGAGGUCACGCCGCUGUCGUCUAUCCGCAACAAUGUCUUGCAAGCUAUCCAUGCAUCACGCGCGGACAACUCGCAGCGCAUCAUCUCGCCAGAGCAGCUGACGGACGUGACGGAAGCCUCCUCGACCUACUGCGACACGAGCGGCGUCGCGACGGACCUACGCCUUGCUGGAAAGGUGGCCGGGAUGCAGGUCUACCUCUCUCCGUCGUUGUCGCCUGAUGAAACGCUCGAGCGCAACGGCGCGGCACUGCUGCGCUUCAUCCAGCUUGUGCUGCGCCCCGUGGCGGUCGACGUCUUCGGCGUCGACCCGAACGCGCUGUCCGUGUUCUGCGACGUCGAGGGCCCCUCGGUGGCCUUCAACCGCGGCGGCUCGCUCUUCUUCAACCUGCGCUACUACCUCGGCUGGCACGACGCCGACGUCGAGCAGGGCAACCGCGUCGGCGCGCUCAUCUCGAUGGCCUCGUCGGUGGCGCACGAGGUCGCCCACAAUCUCGUCUCGCAGCACGACUCGCAGCACGAGUUUUACAUGCAGUCCAUUGCCGAGGAGUUCUUCCUGCCGCUCGCUGCCCUUGUGGCGCAGGCGCAGCGCGAGUGGGCGGCGCUGAGCGCCGGCGCCGCGCGCGCCAGCGGGCAGACGGACCGGGCGACGCUGGUGGACCUCUCCUAGACCCUAGACGACGCUCCGGAUGCUCUUUUCAUGACACAGUUACCCCUCUGGCCAGCUCAGCGCGCGCGUGAUGGGCAUCUCCGGCCUGGGAGCGUCUCGGAGAUGUGUGCGCCACGCCUCGACGCGGGAUCGCCGCUCGCGUGCGCCGCAGCGCGCUCCGGCAUACUCCGCGCCUGUGCUUUGUCGAGACGUGGCAGAUGCCAGCUGACAGCGCCCAGCAGGGUGCCGCAUAUGGGCGGAGUCUGGCGCUGGGCGAUGGCAGGCCCAGGUACACGGCGGAGCUCAAAGGCGCACGGGUCCG